AUGAUUAUUUCUAAGCAAAAAUGUGUAUUAUUAAGAACACAUAAAUUUUCAUUAAUUCAAGAUUUAAUAAUUAAAUUCGACGAAUUGGAUCCACCUUCUUUUAGUCAGAGAUCAACUCAACUGGGCAUAGGGGACAUAACUUCACUUGGCAUUUUAACCAUUCUGAAUAUUUCAGAAGAUGUUAACCUCUUAAUGGUCAAAAAUAACGUUUUUGUGACAACAAAAGAUUAUAUGUGAAAAACUUGAAACAGAUAA